AUAGCAUGGGGAGAGGAGGUGUCCGAUGGGUUAUGAGAGAAAAAAUUGAAAAUGGAAGUCAGAUUAUUAUAAUUAUCAAUAUUUUAUGGGCUUAACAAAAAAAUUUCACCUAUUGUAUGAGUUGGAUGAUGUAUCCUAGUUUCGCUCAUUGAUGUCUGAACCAAUUUGCUUCUCUUAGUUGUGCAAGUAACUCAUUUGUUUUCUCUACACUACCCUGUAUCUUCUCUGUCGCCUCUUCGCAGAAAGGGCAAAAACCUCGGGGAAAAAAAAAACAAAAAAAUCAUGUCUUCCCCAAGCAAACGCCGAGAGAUGGACUUGAUGAAACUGAUGAUGAGUGAUUACAAGGUAGAGAUGAUCAACGAUGGCAUGCAGGAGUUCUAUGUACAUUUCCAUGGACCCAGUGAUAGUCCUUAUUAUGGAGGUGUGUGGAGGAUACGGGUUGAGCUUCCAGAUGCUUAUCCGUAUAAAUCUCCGUCCAUAGGCUUUGUUAACAAGAUUUACCACCCAAAUGUUGAUGAGAUGUCAGGCUCAGUUUGUUUAGAUGUUAUCAAUCAGACCUGGAGUCCUAUGUUUGAUCUGGUGAAUGUAUUUGAAGUGUUUCUUCCUCAGCUUCUUCUGUAUCCCAACCCGUCAGACCCGUUGAAUGGGGAGGCCGCAGCUCUGAUGAUGCGUGAUCGACCAUCUUAUGAACAAAGAGUUAAAGAAUACUGUGAAAAAUAUGCCAAGCCAGAAGAUGUGGGAGCUGUGCCGGAAGAUAAAUCUAGUGACGAGGAGAUGAGCGAAGAUGAGUAUGACUCUAGUGAUGAGGCACUGGCAGGCCCAGUGGAUCCAUAGCCUCUUCUUUCCUCAACUCUCUGUAUCUGUACAUGAUGUUUUAAUUCCUGUAACAGAACUUAUAAAAAGGGUUAUUUAUUGGGUAAAGGGAUAAAAAAAAAAAUACCCCAACCUCUUUCUGUUACAUUUCUUUGGUAAUGUAAAUGAAUAUACUAUUGGUUUCAUGUUGUGAAAUCGUUUGACUGUUGGAACUGGAA